AUGGCCGUACAUCCCAGAGCAGAUGCCGCGCCUGGAGCCGCUCAGAACCAACGAGGUAUCGGCAUCACUGCGUUUUCCACCGCAUUGUCCGUUGCUGUCUUUGCCUUUUUGAUUCAAAUUUGCUUGUUUCUGUAUCUCCGCAAGCAAUCUGACCUACGUUACAUAUACCAUCCGGAGGGAGAUGGAGCGGCACCAAAGGCAAAGCAAUUGCUGAGCAGCACCAUAAACUUCAAGGAUGAAGAAAUCAUCAAAAGACGCGGCUUGGAUGCGUACUAUUUCCUUCGAUAUCUUAGAACUCUUCUGCAUUUAUUCACGCCCAUCUUGUUCGUGUUACUGCCUAUUUUACUACCAUUAAACUAUGUGAACGGAAGGGGACAAGACCUUGACCCCACAAAGGAAUCAGCUGCGGAUGGCGCUUCGCGAAUUAUGGGCUUGGACACGCUUGCGUUUGGCAAUGUCAGAAGCUCGAAUACAUGUCGCUACAUAGCGCAUCUCGUGUGCGCUUUGCUCGUCACGGCUUGGUUCUGUUACGUAUCAUUCAUCGAGAUGCGCAAUUACGAAAUGGAAGAAACGGAACGCAGUAUAGGUAUUCCCGAGAGGAAUAGGGAGGUGAAAAACCAACAGGAUUUGGUCAGACUUAUCGAAGAAAAGGAAAAAUCUGUCGCAGAUGAUGCGAAGGGCUUGGACCGCCUUUUAAGGCUGAGAAAUAAAGACCUAGCAAAGUUUGAAUCCGCAGCGACGGCGCUGAUGAGACAUGAGUCAUCUUCUGAAUUGCAGACCAAAUUGCGGACCAAAUUGCAAAGUUGCUAUACGGGACUUUGCACGAGGGAGAAAGACAUACGAAGCCUUGCACUAAAACUGAAACCCGCGGCAGAAUAUCCUAAGUAUAACAGUGGUCACAAUAAUUGCAAGCAUUGUUCAACUGUGGAAUUGGCGUGGCAUAACGUUGUGUGGAGCAAUAUCGGACUUCCGUCGUGGAGGAAAUGGCUCAGGGCCACUUUGGUGACCAUUGUCUUGACAACGAUGAUUGCGCUAUGGGCGAUUCCUGUUUCCUGGACGGCAGCGCUAAGCCAACUAGACAACUUGAUCCGCAACGACGCAUUACAGUCAUUUUUCCAACGCCAUAGGACUUGGAGGACGGUGGCUGUGGCCAUAGCUGGAGUUUUACCAGGAGCAGCGCUGACUUUGAUGCUCAUGCUGCUACCCUCAGUACUCGAGCUUUUGUCUCGCAUAGGCGGGGCCAAACUCAGGUCUCAACAAGCCGCGUUCGUGCAACGAUAUUAUUUUGUCUUUCUUUUCGUGCAAAUGUUCUUGGUGGUUUCCAUUGCUUCUUUCUUCACAGCGUCAUUCAAACAGUUCUUCCACAACAUCCAGAGCCUGCAAAUACCCGGCAAUAUCCUAAAUCUUUUGCCCCAGAAUCUACCCACGGCAGCGAACUAUUUCUUUUCAUACAUGAUUCUGCAAGCUCUUUCUGGAUCUUCCAGCAUCAUCAUGCAGUGGCCCUCAAUGUUUUGGUUCUUUGCGGACAAAAUCUUCGUCUACACACCCAGGCAGAAGUGGUCAAGGGGCGUCAGCAUGGACAUUGUCGCUUGGGGGGCCGUCUUUCCACUGUACACUACCCUGGCAUGCAUUUCAUUAAUUUAUAGUGUCAUCGCACCUCUCAUUUUGUUAUUUGCCACCGUCUCGUUCGGCAUGCUCUGGCUAGCACACAGAUACUCUGCCAUCCACGUCGGAAGACAAGAGACAGAUCACGGUGGUAUCCUCUAUCCCCGGGCGAUCAAUCAAACGUUUACGGGAAUAUAUGUGAUGCAGUUCUGCAUAUCUGGGCUCUUUUUUGGUGUCAGAGAUGAGACGGGAAGACAAACCUGCCUUCCUCACGCCAUUGUCAUGAUUGCUGCGUUGGUCUUAACGGUAGCCUUUCAGAUUGCACUCAAUGCAUUUGUCCUACCAGGCCUACGAAGUAAAUGCCAACCUGGUCGUCCAGAUAUCCAAUCCGAGUGUGCCGAGUUAAACGACGAGUUUUCAAACCACCUUGCAUUGCUCUGCCAACCCAAGGUUGCCUGGGUGCCGGAUUAUACACGGCUGCAUAAAUUCAAUAUCGAUGGGGUUUCCGACGAGUUCGUCUGUGAUAAUUCAGACCAAAGCUGGAGGGCAGCUUUUGACAAACGGCACAAGGUGCAGAUAACUAAAACGCAACUAACUAAGCGGUUAGGUCAUGCACUGGAGCACAUGAGCCCGACAACAUCAUCUGUAGGUGGCCAGUUUCGGCUUCAUCAAUAA